ACAACGCCCUCUGCAGUUUACUGGUUUCGUCGACAAACCAGCUAUUCGCCAUCGUGAACCGUGUGAAGUGACUUCAAGAGUGUGCUCCAGUCGAGCACAAACCAUAUACGAGUCAAUCCAAGAAGCGUCGUGCUUGUAAGAGUAGCUAUUUGAAAGAUUUGGAAAAAUGUCCUCCGUACAAGUAGAUCGACCCACCAAAAUGAGUCACCAUUCACAUAGUAAGAAAGAAUGUGAUAACAACAAGUCCAGAAAACAGUUCAAUCUGUCCUAUAAGAAGCACAACAAACAUGAUGAUCGUGGAGGAGGAAUCGGUUGUGGUGGGGGAAGCGGCAGUGGUAGCAGUUCUUUUCCAAGUUUUAAGUUUGGACGAAAACGUUCACAAAGCAACAAUGGUGGAAAGUUCUUUCCACCUUAUAAACGACGUAAAAAGGACGGCAACAACAUUAUUCCACCUACGAAAUUUCUUUUAGGCGGCAAUAUUCGCGAUCCUUUGAACUUAAACAGUAUGCAAGAUGAAGAAGUAAAUCGCGCCAUGAACGCAGUGACGCCAAAAUCCAGUCCUAUCCCUACUCCAAAACAUAAAAAAGAUGUAAUAGAGGUGUUAAUUCCACCCAAUAUCCAAGAUCCGCUACUUUUAACGUGUAAUGACAAUGAAGAAUACGAAAAGCAGUUAUUUCCUCUGAGAAAAACGUCUAAACGCAGAAAUAAGAAAAAAAGACGAGCCUGUUCUUCUUCAGUGAAAGAGGAGAUUACAAAUGAAAUUGAGGAAGCUAAACGUAUGAAGACAAAUGAUUCUGAGCUUUGUGAAAUGGUGGAAAGUGCAGCGGAAAAGAGUCCCAGCGAAAGGAUCCAGCCGACGGAUUCCGAAAUGGCACAAGAUAAGAAUUCUAUGGAGAACAAAGUGGAAAGUCCUGAAAAAGAUAAAAAUAAGGGAAAUGUAGGAAAAAUUGGUAAAAUAGGAAACAAAUUGGAGAGAGAAGACAAAAACAAAUUGCGAUUAAAAGGUUUAGAAGAACCAAAGGAUAAAAGAUUGCGCAAGGACACCAAGGAUAAGAUAGUGAGUCCUGUGAUUCCUCAACCAGGUGCUUGGAAGCCUCGAGCACAGCACAGGCCCAGUCAGGAUAAGAAGAAGAAACAGCAACAACAAGCAAUGCCAAACUUUAGAGAAAAGAAUGCUCGCUACCAAUAUGGCAAUUAUAACAGGUAUUAUGGAUACAGAAAUCCUCAUUGCGAAGUUGAUUCUCGACUUAAAGCAUUUACCAGGCGUCCAGAGCUAUUUCUGCGAAAAGAUAUUUUAGACAUCGGAUGUAAUAUUGGACACAUCACUUUGUCAGUGGCAAGAGAUUUUAGAGCGAAAAGCAUCACAGGAAUUGAUAUUGAUAGGACACUGAUCAAUAUUGCUCGAAAAAAUGUAAAGCAUUACGUGAAUUGCGUCCAAUCACCAGCGAGUAACGAGGAAAGCGAUAGAAGAGUAUCUGAUUCGGAUGCAAAUUUCUUUCCUAAGUCGAUGCCUAUCAGCUACGGGCCUGUAGACAUUCCGGGAUUCACGAAGCACAAACAUGACAAGGGAUUUCCUUAUAACGUCACGUUUGUCCAGGGUAACUAUGUAUUAGAUGAUGACGCUCUUUUGCACGCGGAGCAACCACAAUUUGAUACGAUCCUAUGUCUCUCUAUCACCAAGUGGAUACACCUCAAUUUUGGUGACGCUGGUCUUAAGCAGGCGUUUAAACGUAUGUACGCGCAAUUACGUCCCGGCGGUGUACUGGUGUUGGAACCUCAAGAAUGGAGCAGCUACAAUAAGAAAAAGAAUCUCACUGAACGAAUUUACAAAAAUUAUCGCAGCAUCGAGUUUCGCCCUUACAACUUUACGCAAUAUCUCUUGUCUUCCGAAGUAGGUUUCUUCAAAUGCGAAGUGGUCUCUAUCCCACAUCAUCCUUUCAGAGGAUUCCAGCGUCCACUCUAUUUGUUCACAAAGGAGGGCAGCCAAUCAAAUGAUGACGUUAUAAGUAUACCUGAUCGGCAAGAAAGCGAGCGAUUACAUGAAGCGGAGAGAAUGGAAUAUGAGCAGGAAUUGUUUCCAAAAACUACCAGUAAAGAGAAUAUGUCAGAGAUUAGUCCCCAAAGUGGCGACCAAUAUGAACAACUGGAGGACUUUUAUGUGCCUAGCACCAUAUCGUAUCACGACACACCAAGUCAUAAUAACGAACAUCAGAAUCAAGAUACAGAAAGCUGCUAUGACAUAAUUAUGAUGAAAGAAACGGAGGCGGGAGAUACUAAGACGCAUGAUAAUGAUAAAAAACUGGAAGACACGGGAGGAGAAGUGAGAAAUAAAAUUGAUAAAGUACUCGAAGAAAAUGAAGAAAUAAAAGAUGUAAUAGAAGAUGAUAAUGUUGCUUGCAAUCCUGAUAAGCAGAAGGAAUACAGCGUUAAUAAAACAGACAACAAUGAUAAAGAAAUGGCAAAAGUGGAAAAGACAAUAGAUGAUACUUGUGAGAGACAAGACGAUGAUCAGAAAAUAAUGGGGGACGAAAUUAUUGACGCUAAGAACUGUUAGUUUCGACAUUUUGACAUUUCCGUCCAUUUAUUUUUAUGUAUACCUUUGCCUUAUUCUUCUUGCUUACUAUAUCUCUUUUAUUAAAUUCUCAAUAGCUAUAAAAGGAAAUCUAAUAGUUUCUCCUUAUUUGGACUAUUAACAUAAAUGGAUGAACAAGUUGCUUGAAACUCGUUAGUAGUAUUGUGGAAUGUUCUAAGUACUAAUAAGAUUGAUAAAGAUUCGUUCGUUUUUAGUUUUAUCUGCAUAAGAGAAUUAUAUUGGACAAAUCAUUAUAAGGAACGAACGAAUUUUGUAAAAAAUUCGAUAGUAUUGAAUUGUUUAAGAUACAUUAAAGCGUAAAGAAACACGGCUGGCCAGUGCGCGUCGCUUCGCUUAUAGCGUGCACUUGGCGCGAGACACUACCGUGUCUCUUGAUAUUUUUUAAGUGCGAAUAAAAGUUCGUUCGUUUUUUCAUUUGUUUUAUUAGUGCAAGAGUCAUAUUGAGAAAAAACGAACGGAUUUUGUCAAAAACUUAGUAGUAUUAGAUUAAUGAACCAAUAAGAAUAAACAAAAAAUUAAUAAAAGUUUGUUCGUUUUUUUCUUUGUUUUCUGUUUAUCAAUAAAAAUUAUAUAGGGAAAAAACGAACGAAUUUUAUGAAAAAUUCAACAGUAAUUGAUUGAUGACAAAAUAAUAAUGAAUAAGGUUAAAUGUAUAAAAGUUUGUUUAUUAUUUUGUUACCAUAAAUAUCAUCUAACAUAUUAUCUUGCAACGGUGGACUCUUUAAUUAGUUAAUUCUGUAUUAAAAAAAAAAAAAGAAAAAUGGAAACAAUGUGUUACAGAAUUUUGUACACAUAUAAUCUUCAUUUUUCUUUUUACAUACACUAUUGUUCACCGAAAUUGUAACAUGGAAAACAUUAAACUAGUUUGUUAUUCUAUAAAGCACCAACUGUAAAUAUUUAGUUUCUGAAAAAUUUUAUUUAUA